UGCAUUGCUGCACUUUUGCCAUCUGAUAAAUUCCCCACGGACGGUCGGAAAAAUCACAUUUUAGGCCAGAAAUUUUGCACUUUUUGGAUUUACGUCAAGUGGGAGCUUCACAUCAGAGCCUCUUGCUCGGGGGUGGUACUCGGCUCCACGGGACUUCUGAGCCAAACAAUGAAGUCCCAUCCAGGUAGCUCGACGGUGCUGCUGCCCAUCGCCCUCUGCCUCACAGGCUUGGUCCCCGUGUGUCUCAGCGCCGCAAUCCCUGUUUCAUGUGGUUCCAUCUACAAGCGCUUUGCUCAGUGUUUACUCACACUCGGGGACAGUUUAGUGGACACACAAAAAGAGCAGAGCACACAGGACAUCGAUGCCAUCUGCAGGUCCUGGAAUGCAUUUCACGUUUGUGCCAACUCAGCUCUGGCCGGCUGUCCUGGAGAAGCAGCAGCGGUUUGGGAGUCUCUAAGACAAGAGUCCAGGAAGACAGAGUUUUCUGGAAACCUCUACAACAUGUGCGCCAGCCGCACAACGCUCCCACCCAGCACCGUGCCUGCAGCUCAGAGCCCCCCCACGUCCGACCAGACAAACCAGGAAACACUGAAAGGGCAAACACACAAGCACAGCCCCACGCUCUUCACUGUACUGCUCCCUGCGUGCAGCAUGCUGCUAGUUCCGCUCAGGAGUUAGUUAACCCAUAUUAACCCUUCGGUCAGAGUGAUGCCAGCAGGCCGUCACAGUCCUGCUGCCCCUACAAUUCAAACAAACAAGGGCACACAAUCCAUACAAGUCACUUUCAUCAUAAUCCUUAAAUAAGGAUUGCUAUAACUGGAUCAGUUUGAAAUGUUCAGUACACUAAUACAGCAUUGACGCAUUGAAAAAAUUUGAAGACUUGCCUUCUGUCAGACAGAAGCCUCUUACAUGAAGUCCACCAAGUUUUCAAUCACUGCAAGAGUUUAAAUGAUUUUGAUUAAAUUCGCAUGAUCUAAUAUUUAUUAUUCUGUUAAAGAAGAACGAACAGUUAAUGUAAGGAAGAAUAAACCCUUUCCCCACAUCUCUUUAAUGAGGCAACUUAGCUGAAAGAAAAGCUCUGGUUAUGAAAAAUAUAUAUCUUUUAGCCCUGCUGCAGUUCAUCACCAGUGUCCCAUGAUUUGAGGACAAAGGAGAUUUUGAGGCAUGCUGUAACGCCAGGUGUUCAGAUCUGCGUGCAACCUAAUCAGGUGUGAUCCGGAGGAGAGUAUUAUCAGCGAGGGGGGUGAACUGUGUUUUUGUGCAGUAGGUUUAAGUCAUCACCCUGUUUGACUGGUUUAACGACAUGAAAUCAGAUUUAUGUGACGACAGACUCUCUGAUGUGCUGCUACAUGUUAUUAUUUCAUGUGACUUUAACCCAGUUUAAAGAUGUCUCCUGUGGGAACAGUGUGCACAUGUCUCAAUAAAAUGCACAAAAAGCAUGCAAUAAACAUUUCCUUGGACAGUAAUGAAGCAUAAAGGAAAACAAGCACAUUA